AGAGAUAGGCUCCUCAGCCAACCAAUGGGGCGAGAAGGCGGGUUAGCACGCUCUGAGACGGCCGGCAGUGCAGAGGUGCCUUUGGGAACGUGGGCUGCCGUGGUGGCUCGCGCUUCUAGCCCGGAGGAGCAUCUCGUGGGUCGGUCGGCUCCUCGGAGAGCGGCCGAGGCAGAGAGCCGCCCCGUCCCGGGGCUCGUCGGAUGGAAACGCAGGACGUUGCAGGCGGGCUCGGGUCCCGGGUGCUGCUGCCUCGACGCCUGGGGCUGGCUCCUCGCGGUUGUUGCUGGGCGCUGCCUACCGCCGUGCUGUGCUUCUACGGCUUCUUCGCCAACUUGCGUCCUUCGGAGCCCUUCCUGACCCCUUACCUCUUGGGCCCGGACAAGAAUCUCACCGAGACUCAGGUGUUCAAUGAGAUCUAUCCAGUAUGGACUUACUCUUACUUGGUGCUGCUGUUCCCUGUCUUCCUGGCCACAGACUAUCUCAGAUACAAACCUGUAAUUCUCCUGCAAGGACUCAGCCUUAUAGUGACAUGGUUUAUGCUGCUCUAUGCCAAAGGACUGCUGGCUAUUCAGUUCCUGGAAUUCUUCUAUGGAGUGGCGACUGCAACAGAGAUUGCCUAUUAUUCCUAUAUCUAUAGCAUUGUGGACCUGGCCUUGUACCAGAAGGUCACCAGCUACUGUCGAAGUGCUGCCCUUGUAGGUUAUACAGUGGGCUCUGUCUCAGGACAAGUCCUUGUGUCCGUGGCUGGCUGGUCUCUGUUCAGUUUGAAUGUGGUGUCUCUCACCUCCGUAUCUGUUGCCUUUGCAAUGGCUUGGUUUCUACCCAUGCCGCACAAAAGCCUUUUCUUUCACCAUCUCUCAAGCACCCAGGUCAGUAAGGAAAUGAAGGUUGUAGAUUGUAAAAAUGGAGCGGUCGUCCGGGAUGAUCCUGCCUUAAAGAGGGUUCCUGGGUGGGAAGAUGUUGAAUCAAAGGUUCCCCUAAAUGUAGAAGAGCAUCCUGCAGAGCAGCAGGGCCAAAAAGUGGACAUCAUCAAGGUUAUCAAAGAGCUCUGGAAGGACUUUCUACAAUGUUACUCUUCACAGCCUCUGCUCUGUUGGUCCGUGUGGUGGGCUUUGUCAACAUGUGGCUACUUUCAGGUCAUAAACUACACUCAAGGCUUGUGGGAACUUGUACAGCCUUCUCGGAGCUCUGAGAUCUAUAAUGGAGGCGUAGAGGCUGUUUCCACACUGUUGGGAGCUGUAGCCGUCUUUGUGGUGGGACACAUAAAAACAUCUUGGGCUACUUGGGGUGAGAUAGCCUUAGCAUUGUUCUCCUUCUUCAUUGCGGCUUCUGUUUAUAUCAUGGACACAGUCCGGAACAUCUGGGUGUGCUAUGCUUCCUACAUAAUAUUCCGGAUUAUCUAUAUGCUGCUCAUCACUAUUGCAACGUUCCAGAUUGCAACAAAUUUAAGCGUAGAGCGCUAUGCCCUGGUUUUUGGCAUCAAUACUUUUGUUGCCCUCGUGCUACAGACUCUGCUCACGUUCAUUGUUGUUGAUUCGAAAGGGCUGGGGCUGGACAUAUUUACACAGUUCAUGAUCUAUGCUGGUUACUUUGCUGCCAUCUCAGCUGUGUUCUUGAUCAGCGGCAUUUGCAGUAUUAUCAAGAAUUACUGGAGGCAAGAGGAGGAGACAGAUGAAACUGUGGCAAGCAUUGCUUAGAAUGCAGAAUACGGACUUUGCACCUAUGUUGGAAGGAAGGGGGCUAUGUUUCAAAUAAUUUGGUUUUUAUUUAUUAUUGCAUUCAAAUGCUGUUAUCUGAAUUGUACUUGACCUAUGGUUUUACUGUAUGAAUGGUGCAAACUAGCAGAAUGUAUUCAACAGUAUCUUAUGUAAGAAUGCUUAUAUUGCUUUAUAUUAUAUAUAAAAAUGUCCUCAAACAAGUUUUUUGGGGGUCAAAGGUACAUAUCUGAAAAAUCCAAAGUACUGUUAGUUGUCCUCUUGGCUUCUGAGACCUGCUAGCCAUGAUAUGACCACUGAAAGGUGGAUGUAUUUAACCAGCCCAGUCCAUGCUGGAUUCAUGAAACUGGUAGGCAUGGUCUUGGAUGCACUACAACUGUGGGUUUAUUGUGAAAACUUGCAAUAAGAUCCAUUUUAGUUAAGGUUAGACACAACAGUGGAAAGAAUGGUUCACAGCUGGUAGAUGCAGAUUUUAUUAAGGCUAAAUAUACUUUCCAUAUACAAGCACAAACAUUUUUCACAUUAUGACAUGUCCAGUGUUGUUUUGAGUUUUGCUUCCUGUUUAAAUAUUUAAUUUUUUUUGUUACCCUUGUUUACCAAGCUUAAAUACAGCGAUUAACCCAGUAACCUUGCGACAUUCUAGUACAUUUCAGUUCGUACAGGAUGAGGCAUAGGGAGCAUAAAAACAAAAUUGUGUUCAGGUUUGGCUUGAUAACCAAAAUUCCCAGGUUGACUUGCAUUGCCUUCAUUCAGCUCCUCCUCAGAGUCAGGUCCUCUAGUCUUGAUUUUCAGCUGUCGACAGAAAGUUUCACACUGACUCAGAGAUUAAACUGACAGCAAUAUUGUUUUGUGUAACAUGUUCAGAACUUUGUUCAGAUCACAUCUGUCAUUUCUGGAUGGGAUGAUUGUCAUAUGAUGGUCAUGUUUAGUUUCUCCUCAGUAAACAAGGGAGCUGGAGACAUAUUGGGAGGGAGGUUUGUUUGUUGGUUUAGGCUGAACUCCCUGAGGCUCCCCUAGAUGUUUCAAGCUGCUUGUAGCCUUUUUCUCCAGAAAGCACAAGACAGUUUAACUUUAGCCUUAACACUUGGUCCAUCAGUCGUUUGUAUGGCAGGAGUUUCACAGACACAGAGUUGUUGCAUGGUUUUUGUUUGUAAAUAGCUUGGAAAAGGGGAGAUGCUGCUGCUAAGACAUUUUUGCUUUCUCUCCAUUUUAGUUACUUUGAUCACAUUUGCUUUCCAUAAACUUACAAGUUAGACAGUUGAAUAAUCAUGACAAGUUCUUGUGGUCUCUAGAUAAUGACAGCUUAACCUGAGAUCUGGGUGGUGUUCUUGGCUAGCUGCUGAGAUUUUUGGACCUGGCCACACUCAAGCCUCGUGUCAUGUUGCCCUGCUUUUGCAUAAAAAGCACUUCUAUGCAGGUGAAAUCCAAAUAUGAUUGUGCACAUAUAUUCAGCUGUGGCAUAAAUUUUAGGAAAUGACUGCCCAGGUGCUGCUUCGUUUAUACUCAAGCAGUGGCAUAGGUGUGUGGUUGUUGCAUGUAAUGAUCUACAUCUGAGCACUCUGUGGAAGUGUUCUUGUGUAAAGAACCCCUUAUUAUGGAGCCUGUUCAUAGUGGGGAUGGUAUUUGAUCAUUUAAUGGUCUCCUUCCUACAUGCCACCAUAUGAAGAAAAUAGGAAUGGGGAGGCAGGUCUAUAGUGACCACUGAUCAGAGCAUGCAGAGUUGUCAGUAAACUUUUAUGUGUGUGCAAUUUUAAUUGUGAUAAUUGCUGGAUUUGCAGGUACAAGUCUGGUAUGCAUGUGUGUGCAAUAGUUCAGGCAUAACUGUACUAAACAUCUGAAAAAUAGAGCAGCAAACUGGAUUUUAAUUUAGUAUCUGUCCUUGGACUGAGGCAAAGGUUCAGAACAAAGCAUUCUCAGGAGAGAUUUGCACAACCCCCUUCACAUUACAAUUUGUGUAACUGCCUUGUAGUGAUGUUCAGUGGGCACUACUGAUGUUCAAUGGGAGCUAACUUCCAGGUUACAAGUUGAUAGGCUGCUCCAAUGUAUAUUGGAUCUAGUCAAAAAAUCACCCUCCAUCUAAAUCACAGUAUCUAGAAGGCAAUUUUAUUUAAUGUCCUUGAGGCAGGAAGCUGUGUUGAAUGUACCUUUUAACACAUUAUGAAGAAAAACCUGAAAACAUUAACAGGGAAGGGCAAAAACCUCCAUCUACUCAUAAACUCAGGGAAAUAAGGGUUGGAUGACCAAAAGGGGAUACUGAACCUUUAAUCCAGUGGUAAGGAAUAUUUCUUUCUUGCCUUUCUCCUGAUGGGGAAAAAAAUAACAAUAAAAGCUCAGACUAUAAACAACACUAUUACUUAACUGCAGACAGCUCAUGAUGUCUAUCUUGCCUUAGAACUGCCUUAUAAGUCCACCUGAUCAUGCUGUACUGUACUAAUCUAGUUUAGUUAAUGUAAGCCUGGAAAGGGUAUGAAGUUCUCAUGUUAUGCUCAUGAAAACCAAGUAUUAUAAUAAUGGAGUACCUUUCAGAUUAGAAAAGCCUGUAGAACUGAAAAUGAAAUGUGCAAACAGUAUUGUUGGGAGUAUGAACUUCUGUCCAAAUUAUAAAACUAUUUUUUAAUCAAAUAAAAAUAUUUUAUUACAUUCCUAGAA